AUGGUUAAGUUUCAUCUAACAAGAAGUUUUGUUUCUCUAUUUCUUAGUUUGAUUUUUCUUCUUUAUUUUCAAGUGAGCGAUGCCAUAAACUUUGGUCCCAAAUCCCCAUAUUUUAAUAAAAUAUAUCAGCUUGGCACUUCAAAAGCCGAUACCGGAAAUUUAAUUCGUGAAAGUCCAUCAAGAUCUAUAUGUUCAAGUUUUCCUUAUGGUCAAAAUUUCUUUAGGGGCGCAACUGGUCGAUGCUCAAAUGGUCUCCUUAUCGUUGACUACACUGCAUUGUCAGCUGGUCUUCCGUUCCUGAAUCCUUACAAGGAAAUCGGAGCAGACUUCUCAAAUGGCGUAAACUUUGCAGUAACAGGCGCAACUGCUUUACCAGUCGAAACCUUGGCAGCUAUGAAUAUUAGAUCGCCAUACACUCCAAGUUCUCUUAAUGUACAAUUGGAUUGGAUGGCUUCUUUUUUCAAUACCACAUGCCACAGUAACAAAGAUUGUGCAGAGAAGAAUGCAAAUGCUCUCUUCAUGGUUGGAGAAAUCGGAGCUAAUGACUAUAACUAUGCAUUAUUCCAAGGAAAAUCUAUUCAAGAGGCAAAACAAAUGGUACCACAAGUUGUUGGUGCGAUCGCAAAUGGUGUUAGGAGAGUAAUCCAGUUUGGAGCUACUCGAAUAAUGGUUCCUGGUAAUUUCCCCGUUGGUUGUUUUCCACUAUAUCUUACUGGGUUUCAGACCAAUGACUCAACAGCUUAUGAUGAAGAAUUUCAUUGCCUUAAAGACAUAAAUAACUUGUCAAUUUAUCAUAAUGAGCAACUGCAAAAAGCCGUUGAUGAAUUGAAGGCACAAAACCCAAAUACCAGUAUUAUCUAUGCCGAUUAUUACAAUGCCUACCUUUGCCUAAAGCGCUAUUAUUGGGCUUUGAUAUCAAUGCAGUACAAAAAGCUUGUUGUGGAAUUGGAGGUGCUUACAAUUUUGAUAUGA